CAAGUGUGUGAAACACCUAAAUUAGAUAUCCGAGCGUGCAAGAACACCUUUAUAUUAUAAUCGCCUCCUGCGUGUGGCAACACCGUUUUAACUCUCUCUCUUCCUAUCUGCUCUCGCAGCGUUCAUAUCUACCAAAAUGUGAUAGUUAAGUAUUUCUUCUAAUAAACGUGAUAAAGUGCAGUGUAUCAUUUAAUUCAAGCCUAACCUACAUUCUUUACAUUGGUGCCGAAAAAAUAAUUCAGUUGAUCAAUCUUCCACGGGCUGGGCCGGUGUAAUAACCUUCGUGUCCGCGUGCGCGCUGCGCACACGCCAUCAUGGCGGCCGAAAAUAUCAAGAAGCUAACGGCGUCCAGAGGACAAUGUAAGGCUUCCAUGACUAAGAUGGAAAAAUUCCUUCAACAGGAAUCUCCAACGUUUACCAUAGAGGGCUUGACGACGAGAAAAGCGUCACUGCACACUGUUUUCCAAAAAUAUCAAGAUAUCUGCGUUCAAUUGGCAAUUUUGGACCCAGAAAAUACCAAAGAUGACAUGGAAGACGACACUGAAGAUCGCUUUUAUGAUAUAAUGACAGCUUUCGAGCGCGCCAUAAACUUAAUUGAUAAAAAAGCCCAGCAGACUACACAUGCAGCAGAGGGGAGUGGGAAGGUUGCGCACUUGCCUUUGCUGGACAUACCUGUCUUCGACGGGCGAGACGUUGCGCUCUACAAAUCAUUUAUUGAGAUGUUUGAAGCUGUGGUACAUCGUGACGCGCGAAUACCUGUCGUUCAGAAGCUAUGCUUUCUAAAGAAAUACUUAAAAGGGCGAGCCGCUACACCUUAUUGAUAACUUGCCCAUAAUUGGAGCGUCCUAUGAUUCUGCGCUAGAAUUACUCAAGAAACGGUAUGACAACCCAGCAUUAAUCAUCAACAGCCACGUCAAUGCGCUCCUGGACAUCCCCAGUGCUGCACCGGGGUACCGCUCUGCAGCUGAGGGACAUGGUGGCCAAGGUCCGGCAGCAUCUCACCGCACUAGCAGAACCUCGAGCAGCCAGUCACUUCAUGGGAUGCUAUCCUGGCAUGCAUUUUAUUAAGAAAAAUGGAUACAUUCACUGUGAGGUUGUACCACUCUGACAGGGACAACAACGACCAACACACUGCGAAGUUUCCCUCCUUCUGGCUGCAGACAUUUUCUGCAGAGUAAUGCAAGACGGGAAGGUUGAGGCAGGCCCUGAGGAUCCAGUGCUGCUGAACACGCGCCUUGGAUACAUCGUCUCGGGCAGAAUGAGUGUGAGUCCAUCAUGCAAUCAUAAUACAGUCGCUAUGCAUACAAUGGUUAAUCCUGAUCUUGACUCUUGUGUAAGGCAAUUUUGGGAGGCCGAGAAGGUCCCUGAAGUGUAUCCUGAGAGCAUGCCGGAGCAUCAGUAUAGCGAACAGGUUUUUCAGAAACAACCUCAUUGACAGAGGAUCGCUUUGAGGUUAGUUUCCCAUUAAAAGUAGAUUUUAGUGAAAUAGAUCCUUCUAAUUCAUUUGUGAUUGCCUUGCAAAGAUUAAAUAAUCUUCAAAAAAGGUUUGCGAGGGAACCUGAGUUUCAUAACUUAUACAAAAAAUUUAUACAAGAAUACCUUGAGCUAGGUCACGCCAAAGUAAUUGAUCUAAAGGACUGUGAUCCUACAGAACAGCCGGUAUUUUACCUUUCACAUCAUGGAAUACUCCGGCCCGAAAAAACUACAAAUAAACUCCGGGCUGUGUUUGAUGGUAGUUUCAAAACGAAGGCAGGCCACAGUCUCAAUGACUAUUUAUGCAAUGGCCCUGUAGUUCAAAAUUCAUUAUUUGACAUCAUGAUGCUUUUUCGCACUUACAAAUACACUGUACAGUGCGACAUACGUCACAUGUACCGCAUGAUAUCUAUGCAUCCUGAGCAUAGGCUACAAAACAUUCUGUGGCGGGCGGAUGGCACCUUACAGUGCUUACAAUUACAAACAAUAACUUAUGGAUUAAAAAGCAGUGCCUACCUUGCCACAAAAUGUCUUGUGGAGCUAGCAAAAAAAUACAAGGCUCAAUAUCCAUUGGCCAGUGAAGCUAUCAUCAAAAACAGUUAUGUAGAUGAUGUGCAGGGUGGCUCAGAUACACUUCAGGGAGCUUUGCAACUAAAAAGUGAACUUGUUUCUCUCAUGGGCAAAGGUAGCUUUCAAUUACAUAAAUGGAUUUCCAAUGAGUCAAAAAUAUUGCAAGAUAUCCCUCAAGAAAAAAUUGGCCUGGCCAAGCGGGAUAUUGAUCAGGAUAAAUCCAUUGUUAAAAUUUUAGGAUUAUCUUAUGAUGCCCGAGAAGAUGCAUACAAAAUGAGUGGCCGUGUACUCACCUCUCCUGAGGUGCCCACUAAAAGAAAUGUACUGAGUUCUAUCAGCAGACUCUAUGAUCCAAUGGGCUUUGUUGGACCCUUAACUGUCAAGGCAAAGCUUAUUUUACAACAGAUUUGGCAAUACAAUUUAGAAUGGGACACUCCCCUGCCACAUGAACUAGUAAAAAUUUGGCAGACAUUCUAUAAUAAUUUGGUUAACAUGCCUGUCAUGACUAUCCCGCGAUACAUAAACUUGUCAAAAGCCACUAGCGUACAGCUCAUAGGAUACUGUGACGCAUCGGUUGUGGCUUACGGUUGUUGUAUUUAUGUCAAAGCCAUAGUAAAUGGCAACCCUUACAUACAUUUACUUUGCUCCAAGUCGAGAAUAUCCCAGCUUGCGUCUAAACUGACUAUUCCAAAACUUGAGUUGAAUGGGGCCCUUAUGCUGGCCAAAUUGGUAAAUCAUGUCGCCUCUUUACUAAAUAUAUCAGAUGUUCAUUUGUUCACUGACUCAAAAAUAGUAUUGGCCUGGCUCGACUCCUCUUCACUCAAGGUACCAGCCUAUAUAGGCAACCGUGUAAAAGAAAUAGGUAAGCUGACAAAUAAAAUGUUGUGGAAAUAUACUCCUGGCCUUCUUAACCCUAGUGACAUCUUAUCGAGAGGCGCCGAUCCUCAAGAAAUAAUUGAUUGCAAGCUGUGGCUUCAUGGCCCAGACUAUUUGAUAGAAGGCAAUGAGUAUAAUUUUCAUUUGUCAGAAAUAAGUCCACCUCCAUGCAGUGUACAAUAUCAUAACUCAGAUGAGCACAUAGCAUUAAGUGCCACUGUAAUUGACAAUGUUAUAGAUCCAUUUUUUGAAAGAUAUUCAAGCCUUUUCAAAAUGAUUAGAGUGACUGUCCAUAUAUUAAGAUUUAUAAAUAAUGUAAAGGAAAAUCAGUUUCAUCAAACCUAA